AUGCCGGCGGCGGGUCUGAAUUACUAUGGAUGCAUCACGGCUAUUCCGCCCGAGUGCAUAUGUGGGGGAAACAUCGAAGAGUUGGUGGAAGAGCAAUUGUCCCGUGGUGUGUUGGACAUCGAGGGUCUGCGCGAAGCGGUGGCUGCGCAGCCGGUGACUUGGUACCGACCGUGUGCCGCCUUCGACGUCUGGGCUUUGGGCGUACUGACGGUAGAGUUGGUGUUAGGCUGGACGCCGUUGCAGCUAGUGAACUUGUUUGGUGUGGACAACGCCCCGCUGAUGCCUCUCGGCGACCAAAUCCGGUACGUGACCAGUCCCGCCUUCUGGACGGCCCUGCUCAAGCAACUUUUGGCCGAACAACUGGUCGACUCGGACUGUGCCGACUUCAUCGCUCUGUGCACUGCGUUAUCUCCCGUGGUGCGGCCCACAACCAGUGCCUUGAUGAACCAUCCUUUCAUCACGAAAGAAAAGAGAAGCACGACUAGGCAAAGCCCCGUGCAGGACUUACGACGGCAUUUCGCUCUGAGGCCGCCGAAUGUGUCGCACUUCGAAUUGCGUAAUACCGUCGGCACAGGCACGUUUGGACGGGUCAGGCUGGUUCGACUAAAAUCAGGGCCUUCAGUGCCCAUGGCGUUAAAGAUUCUGCGCAAGUCCAAGAUUAUUCAGACAAAGCAAGUAGAACAUGUCAAGAGCGAGCGGAAUAUUCUACAAGCAAUCUCGCACCCUUUUAUUGUGAAUUUGAUAACCUCAUUUCAAGAUGAGCGAAGGUUGUACAUGCUUAUGGAAUUCGUAAAUGGGGGAGAAUUAUUCAGCCAUCUACGCACGGAAGGGCGAUUACUGACGGAUCAUGCGCGGUUCUACGCCGCAGAAAUUGUAUUAGCCUUCGAAUAUCUUCACGGUAACCACCACCGACAUAUCUUCUAA